AUGGGGCCAGGCCAACGACAGGGCGAGCGGCAACGGGCGCAGGCAGAAACGCAGGCAGGUCUACCUGAAUUUGAGGAGAAACUUCUGGGCUAUGAGUCAGGCGCUGCGAGCAGCGAGGGCAGGCCCUGCUCACCACUCAGCACCACGUGGUCCUGGCACGGCCCGGUCCUGGCGACGCUUAGGCGCCCUCCUCCCCUCGUCCACGCACCUCUGAUUUUGAGUUACCAUGGUGAUAGGAGCCAUGUUGGUAUCUGUAAUGAAAGAGAAACCUGUGAAUAUUUCAGAAAUGAAAUAGGGGUGAAUCCAGCAUCCUCAGGGAUGAAGUCACAAGAGGCUUGUGCAGGAUAUGCUGUUCCUCCACCGCCAGCGCAGCCAAACUAUUCGAGCACAUACACCAUUAUUCAGCAGCCUGCUACAACCACUUCCGUAGUAGUAGUCGGAGGCUGUCCUGCCUGCAGGGUUGGCGUGUUGGAGGACACCUUCACCUGUCUUGGUGUUUUGUGUGCCAUUGUAUUCUUUCCAAUUGGGAUUCUGUUCUGUCUUGCACUGAGACAGCGAAGAUGCCCUAAUUGUGGGGCAGCUUUUGGCUAAGGGGAUGAAUGUGGACGUGCUUAUGGAAGCUACAACUGUUAGCAUACUCUUUCUAAUGUAAAUGUCAUGUACAAUCAUUUUAUUUGCUUCAGACCUGUUUUGUAAAGUGUGAAGAAAUUUAGUCUCUUGCAUGUAAUUUAAACUUAAUCUUUUAUGAGCAUGUGCAUUGCAAAACAUGAAAACCCAACUUAUUUUCCAUGUUUAGUGGCACCUCUUGAAAACUAAAUAAAACUGCUCUUCUUUUUGCAAUCCUCAA